GUCAGAAAUAUUUAAGGUUAUGUUUGUGUAAUACAAUUUGACUUUUUAAAUUAUUGCACAAUAUUAUUUUUAUUGUUCAAAAGUGUAAUAGAGAAUAGUUGUGUGAACGUUCUAAAACAAUUUUUUUUUCACGUAGAAUGUAAACCAAAUUGUUGAAUAAAUAUGGCUAAUAAAACAGAACUAGUAAAACCUCAUAUCGUUAGAGUUUAUGAAUUAGACGCCUUCGAAAGGUUACUUCGAGGUAUAAGAGUGCCAGCAUGUAUGAUAACUGAGUCACACGUAGUUGUGGAUGAACAAAGUGUCCUUAAGCGCCUCAACGCUUUGACCAUCGGAGGUCCUUCUGAUGGUAACUGCUGCUCAUGUUGCGGUGUGGGACCAUUUGCCACAAGAGCAAAGCAGACAGCUCAUUACAAAGACCAUUGGCACACUUAUAAUUUAAAAAGGAAACUCUUUGGUAAACCAGCAUUAACUCUGGGACAAUUUAAUUCUAGACAAGAUGAUAACUCAAGUGUUUCUGGAAGUGACUCAGAAGGUGAUGAUGGUGGGACCAAUCCAGCUAGUGAUCUGUUUGCAGCUGCCACUAGGCACUGUAAAGCAUUCUUUACUAAUCGUUAUGGACAGGUCUUCUGUGUUUACAGAUGUGUUCUGCACCAUAAAAAGGAGGAGCUGUCAACAGACGGGGAUGGUCAACAUUGGGUGGAUCGUUGCACCCGUCUUUCUAUCCCAGGGUUCCAACGUUGGGCAGUGCUUAUGGUAUCUGGUGGCCAUUUUGCGGGUGCCAUAUUUUCUGGUGGCGUAGUAGUGUUACAUAAAACGCACCACUCUUACGUGACCCGCCGAGGUCAAGGACAGGCGCAGGUCAAUAGAGACAACCAUGGCAAUGCUCCGAGAUCGGCAGGAGCUAGUUUAAGAAGAUACAAUCAGGCACAGUUUUUAGAGCACGUCCAAGAGAUCGUAGGAAGCUGGGCGGAAGAUCUAAAAGGUUGCUCGUGCAUUCUGUACCGUGCGGUAGGCUCGAUGAACCAAGCCGCGCUUUUCGGGAAAAAUUCUCCGUUAAGUAGAGAUGAUUUUCGUGUGAGGGCAUUACCGUUUCCCACAAAGAAGCCCAGUUUUAAAGAAGUUAAGAGAGUACACGAGACUUUAGCAAGCUUUGAAGUUUAUGAUUCUAUGGAGCUCUUCCAAAAAGCAUUGAUCGCCUCGACAACUAAACCGUCCAAACAGUCGGGUACCGACGAAAGUAAGAAGGUGCAAAAGAGUCCUAGCAAGACUUUUAAUCGAGCUAAAUCCAGGGAACGUCCAGCUCGAGAGUUACCAACUCAGUUAAUAUCAAGCGAAGAUGAGGGACCUUGUUUCAUCGACCUUGAGACACCACUAGAUUGGAUCAAAACACUCUCAGAACAGAGCAGUCUUGGUAUACUAACGAAUUCUAGAAAAGAUCUGAUCAAUGACACCGCGAUAGCAAGUUGUAGAAGUUCUGAAAGUCAAGAUGAUUUACCAGAGCAUAAAGAACAAGUAAGAAAGAAGAAGAACAAAAAGAAGCCAGAGGAAAGUAGGCCGACUAAAAAGGGUCAGCCUAAAAUUCCAGCGAAUGUUCAAAAGAUGUGGAAACUAAUUGAAGACAAUGAUUUUACAUCUCUGGAGACUAUAAUUGAAACGUGGGAAGGUGAUGAUUUAGAAGCAGCUUGUAAUACUCAAGACCCCUCCGAUGGUAACACCGCGCUACACAAAGCCGCCAUUGCUGCUAAGGGAGAUAUGGUCACGCAAAUUCUGACAGCGGGCGGUGAUCCUUGCGUUAAGAACCAUCAGCUGCAAACUCCUUACGCUGCGGCUCAUAGUGAUAUCAGAGUUUUAUUCAGACUUUUCCAAGGACAGUUUCCUGACAGAUAUAACUAUAAUAAGUCACAAAUCCCAGGACCUGUCACUCUGGAGCAGCUGGAACAGGAAAAAGAGAAGAAAGCACAGCAGAAGAAGUUGAAAAGGCAACGAAACAAAGUGAAACAGGUAGAGAAGAUCAAAACUAACAAAUAUUUGCAGCUAACGGAUGCGGAAAAGAUAAGACUGGACGAGCCUCGUUGCUUCCUCUGCGCGAAUCGUCUUCCAAAACCGCCGUUCGAAUAUGACAAGUUCAAAUUUUGCUCCAUACGCUGUUUGCAAAACCAUAGGAAUGUAAGACCGCUGCAUAUGAGUGCGUAACAUUGGAUAUACAACCUUAUUCUCAAGGACAUAAAGUUCAUUCUGUACAUGAUUUUUGGACUAAUAAACUGGAUUGAAUUUAACUGUUUG